CCAAUUUCUGCAAGUUACGAUGCAGGAAUCACUGCGGUACUGACAAUCUUUGAGAUUGAGGUUUCUUGCGUUUGUUCACGUUGUGAAUGUUUGUAAAUAUUUGGAGCAUGAUGAAUAAACAAACACUCCAGGGAUUCACAGCCAUUCCAGUUAAGUAUAGUGAAGAAUCUUCAGCAUCGCAUUGCAUUUUCUGGAAACAGCAUUCAAUCAGAGAGAAAUGUGACGAAAAGCCAGCGGAUCGAACACUUUUUAUCAUCAACGUACCCCCUUAUUGCACGGAGGAUAACUUCAAGAAAGUGUUGGGAAUCUUUGGUCACGUUGUCACAGUAUUUUUUCAUAAGAGCCCGAAUGCUGGCUUACCGCCUGGAGAGGCCUCUCAGUUUUUCCACAAACAUGAGGAGAUUAAGGGUUUCAAGGUAGCUUAUGUUGUUUUUGAGACAGCAGUUGGUCUUCAGGAAGCAUUGUCUUGGGAUGCCACAGAGCCACUUAUAUUAUCAAGAAAGGAUGCGCCUCUGACUUGUGGAAUUAAGAAAUGGUGUUCAGAGUACAACAUGAGAAUUCCUGAUGUCGAUGCAAUGCAGAAGGAAAUAGAUGAUUUUAUGGAAAAAUUUGACCACAAGGUGGCUGAAAAUGCUAGGUUGGAAAAGCAAGCAAUGGAGGAAGAUGAUGAAGGAUGGAUUACUGUUACAAGGAAGGGAAAGAAACCAGGAUUUGCAAGAAAAGAAAGUAUAGAAAAGAAAAUUAUGAGCAAAGAAAAGCAAAAACGUUCGAAAAAGGAACUCUUAAAUUUUUAUACUUUCCAGAUCCGAGAGUCAAAGAUGAAACACUUAGCAAAAUUGAGACAAAAAUUUGAAGAAGAUAAGAAGCGAAUUAAUGUGUUAAAACAGUCGAGAAGAUUUAAACCUUUCUGAUGUCCAAAAAUUAUUUUGUGAAAAUUGUGAAUUUAGAAUAUAAUUUUUGAGAGUUACAGAGAUAUUUUUGUAGAUUGCAGUGGCGGAAAAUAACUUCAGUUUCAUUCUACGAUUAUCUGCACCUUGUGCACUCACUGUACCUCUCGCUUUAAAGAACAGUUUUCAAUUUGCAUUCCCCAAGAAAGUGAAAUGCUAAUUACAGGAAGUUGUUUAAUAUUAGAGCUGUUAUGAUGUAUGUUCUCUGUUAUGGCUGUGAAGACUCUAUUAUAUGUAUUGUUAUUUGAAACUGUA